CAGAAGAAGUGCGCACCAUGGGGGGUGUCCGCGACAAGUCACAGCUGGCACUUUCAUGAAUCUUUUGGAAACUGUUUAGCUUUGUUGCCGGUGUUUCCCCCCACUUUGCUUUAGCAGGCAUCACAUUAUAUUUAUAUUAAUAUACAUCCUGAGAGGCGCGGCUCUCCGCUGUUCGCUCUGCUUGAACGUUAGUUAGCUUGUUGGCUGAAGUUGUUUCCAGUUCAGACGAGUUCACAAGUGGAGGAAACGAGGCAGGAUGUACCAUGAAGAAACAUUAACGUUACAGAAGCCACGCUAUGGAACCAUUGAGGAUGAUGAGAGGCUGUCCGCAGAGGAGAUGGAUGAGAGGAGGCGACAGAACAUCGCCUACGAGUACCUCUGUCACCUAGAGGAGGCCAAACGGUGGAUGGAGGCCUGCUUGGAGGAGGACUUGCCCCCCACCACAGAACUGGAAGAGGGACUUAGAAAUGGUGUUUAUCUUGGAAAACUUGCCACUUUCUUUGCCCCCAAACUGGUGUCUGCAAAAAAGAUUUAUGACCGAGAUCAGGCUCGUUAUAAGAGCAAUGGGCUGCACUUCAGACAUACUGAUAACACCGUGCAGUGGCUCAGAGCCAUGGAGUCAGUGGGCCUCCCUAAGAUAUUCUAUCCAGAAACAACAGACGUGUAUGACCGCAAAAACAUGCCCAAAGUGGUUUACUGCAUACACGCACUGAGCCUGUACUUGUAUAAACUCGGUAUUGCACCACAAAUUCAGGACCUACUGGGGAAAGUGGACUUUACAGAGGAGGAGAUCAGUAAUAUGAGGAGUGAACUGGAGAAGUAUGGCAUUCAGAUGCCAGCUUUCAGUAAAAUUGGAGGCAUCCUGGCCAACGAACUCUCAGUGGAUGAAGCUGCUUUGCAUGCUGCUGUGAUCGCCAUCAAUGAGGCGGUUGAGAAAGGCCAGGCGUCUGCGACAAUGGCUGCACUAAAGAACCCUAAUGCAAUGCUGAGGAAACCCCAGGAAGCCCUGGCCCAGGAAUACCAGGAUACACUGAGCCAGGCUAAGACUCGGAAGCAGGCUCAGUCCUCAGGGAGGCGUUCCUCAGUUGCUACAGAAGAAAGGGAUGUUUAUGAAGAGCUACUGACGCAACAGGAAAUCCAGAGCAGCGUUGACCUUGUCAACACCCAAGCAGCGGUGGAGCAAGUGAAUCACGCUGUGCUGAACCAAGAUGAAGCUGCUCUGUUGGUUGCUCUAAGACUUGAAACUCUGACCUUGUUGGGUGUCCAAGAGACGAACUCUCACUGGUACCUGGAACAUUUUACAAACUACAGCCAGCAAAAAUCCAAGGAUGGAGGGAGGACAGUGCUGCUGGACAAACAGGAGAUUCAAAGAAUUGUCCGCUCUUGUAACGACUUUGCUGAGGCAGAAAAACAAAAACUUGAAGCAGUCGCACGGAUCAAUACAGCCAUUCGUCUUGGCAAUGCUGCGGAGACCGUGGAGGAGCUGGUCAAGCCUGAGGCACAGCUGCCAAUUGUUUACCAAACUGCUGCCAACCUUUACCAGCAUGAACUUUUCAGUUUGCAGCUCCAAGGAGCGCGAUCUGGACUGAGUCAUGAGGAACUUAGUGUAGCUGUGGAGAUGCUGUCAGCUGUAGCAGUGCUGAACGAGGUGCUGGACACGAAAGACCCGCAGGCUGUCAGUGAGCAGCUAACUGACUCCCCUCUGGGUUUUACCAACAUAGACCAUGACAACCUCAACAGAUAUGCUGACGUGCUCAUCGAAGAGCGAGCGGAGACGCUCGCCAAAGGCCAAGAGUUUCUCACUUGGAACGAUCUUCAGAAAUGCAUCGAUGGAGUCAAUAUCCAGGUCCACGAAGAGCACGAACGUGUCAUAGCUAUAGCUGGGAUUAAUGAGGCACUUAAUUCAGGUGAUCAUCAGCAGACCCUUGCGGCUCUUCUCCUACCUACAGCCAAGCUAACGGGAGUAAACUCAGCCACUGCCAAACACUACUAUGAUGUCCUGCAGCAUACCAAACAGCUUCUCUGUCAGAGUUCUGGAGUUGAUUCUGCUGUGCUGUGGUUGGACCAAAUCCAAGAGGCCAUAUUAACAGCCAAUCAGGAUGAAGAAGAGGCCAUCAUAAUGGCUGGGGCUGUAGCUCAUAUUAACACAAAGGUAGCUGAAGGAGACUCCCAGAACACCUUGCAGGCUCUGCAGGCCCCCACUGCAGGACUGAGAGCAGUGCAUCCUAAAUGUGCAGACACGUACCAGGCUGAACUCUCACAGCUACAAAACACACAUACUGAUAAAGGUAUCAGUGAUGGUGUGUGGGUUAAACACUGCAUUAAGGACAUGUAUGACUACUAUUAUAACCUGGAGACUGGACAGGGCACCUGGGAGGAACCGGAAGGAUUUGAACCUAGUGCAGGCCAGCUCAGCAAAGAGGACAUCCAGAAUGUAGUCAGCUGUGUGACGGCAGAAUAUAACCGAAAGCAACUAUGGCUUGCCAACGAAUCCUUCAUUAUCCAGUUGCAGGCGAGGGUAAGAGGUUACCUGGUCAGAAAAAAGCACACUGAGAGGAUGGAGUAUUUACGCCAACAAGAACCAUCUGUAGUUAAAAUCCAGGUUUGCUGGAAAGGUUACAAGCAGAGGAAAAUAUACAUACAAAGGAAAAAUUUGCUUCAACAAAAUGUUGCUUCUGUAGUCAAGAUCCAGUCAAUCGUUAAAAUGUGGAAGGCAAAACGAAAAUACAAUCAGAGGUUGCAGUUCUUCAAAGAUCACGAGAAAGAAAUUGUGCAAAUUCAGGCUUUCCUAAAGGCGAACAAAGCCAGAGACGACUACAGAACUUUGACUGGAGCCUCAGAUCCUCCUCUGUCGGUGGUGCGGAAGUUUGUGCACUUGUUGGAGCAGAGCCCCCUGGAUUUACGGGAAGAGCAGGAAGUGACACAGCUCAGGGAGGAAGUGGUCACAAAGAUUCGUUCCAAUCAACAGAUGGAGAAAGACUUAAAUCUGAUGGACAUAAAAAUCGGACUGCUGGUCAAGAACAGGAUCUCUCUGCAGGAUGUUGUGACGCAUAAUAAGAAAAUGAAAAACGAGAAAGAUAAAGCGAGUAAAGAUGAGCAGACUGGUGGAGACGGACUGGGUAUUAAAGGUCUCAGCAAAGGCAAAAGGAGGAAACUGGAAGCCUAUCAACACCUCUUUUACCUGCUGCAGACCAAUCCCUCCUACCUGGCAAAGCUGAUCUUUCAGAUGCCCCAAAACAAAUCUACAAAGUUUAUGGACACUGUAAUCUUCACACUUUAUAACUACGCCUCCAACCAAAGAGAGGAAUAUCUGCUGCUUAAACUGUUCAAAACUGCUCUAGAGGAAGAGAUCAAUUCUAAGGUGGAUCUGAUUCAGGACAUAGUGACAGGUAACCCCACAGUUAUCAAGAUGGUGGUGAGCUUCAACAGAGGUGCACGUGGUCACAACACCCUGCGGCAGCUGCUGGCUCCUGUGGUCAAAGACAUUAUUGAAGACAAGAGUUUGGGCAUCAACACCAACCCUGUGGACGUGUACAAAGCCUGGGUGAACCAGCUGGAGACGGCUACUGGAGAGGCCAGCAAACUGCCAUAUGAAGUGACUCCCGAACAGGCCAUGUCGCAUGAGGAGGUGCGCAGCAGGCUGCAGGCGUCCAGUGCAGCUCUGCGCUCGGCUACAGAUAAAGUCCUGAACUCCAUUGUGUCCUCGCUGGAUAACAUCCCUUAUGGCAUGAGAUAUAUAGCAAAGGUUCUGAAGAACAGCCUCCAUCAAAAGUUCCCAGAAGCCUCUGAAGAUGAGCUGCUGAAGAUUGUUGGAAACUUGCUCUACUACCGCUACAUGAACCCAGCCAUCGUGGCUCCAGAUGGCUUUGACAUCAUCGACAUGUCAGCAGGAGGGCAGCUUCACAUCGACCAGCGGCGAAACUUGGGAUCUGUGGCAAAGAUGCUUCAACAUGCUGCUGCAAAUAAGCUGUUUGAGGGCGAGAAUGCACACAUGACGCCAAUGAACAACUACAUAUCUCAGACAUAUGAAAAGUUCAGAUUAUUCUUCCAGUCUGCGUGUGAUGUUCCUGAACCCGAGGAGAAGUUUAAUAUCGAUGAAUACACUGACAUGGUGACCUUGAGCAAACCUAUCAUCUACAUCUCCAUAGAGGAGAUCAUCAACACUCACUCGCUGCUUCUGGAACAUCUGGAGGCCAUCUCACCAGAGCACAAUGAUUUGCUUCAUGAGCUGCUCCAGGAUUUGGGGGAUGUUCCUGAUGUGGAGGCGUUGCUUGGCGAAGGAGCUGUAGACCCAAACGACCCGAACAGAGAAAGCACUCUGAGCCAGCUGUCAAAGACGGAGAUCUCCCUCACCCUAACCAGCAAGUUUGAACUGCUGGACGGGGACGACAAAGACUUUAAGACUCUGAUGACAAAGACUAAAAAGCUAAUAGUUGAUGUAGUUCGGAUUCAACCAGGAGAGUCGUUGUCUGAAAUUCUUGAGAUCCCAGCAACCCCACCCCAGGAGUUGGAGCAUAUGAAGAUUGUAGAGCGAAGGGCAGUCCAGGAUGCUCAGACGCCGGAGGAUCUGAAGAGCAGCCAAGCGGUGUUAGAGGACAGCCAGCUGCCUCUGGAGCAGAAGAAGAGGAAGAUCCUGAGGAAUCUCCGUAACCUUGAGCAGGCCGGCCUGGUCACCGAGAAAAACAAAUACCAGGACCUCAUCAAUGACAUCGCAAAGGAUAUUCGCUACCAAAGGCGCUACAGACAGAGAAGGAAGGCCGAGCUCACGAAGCUCCAACAGGCGCUGACGGCGCUCAACUCAAAAGCUGCGUUCUACCAGGAACAGAUGAACUACUAUGAUACUUACAUCAAGACGUGUCUGGAUAACCUCAACCGGAAGAAUUCACGCAGGUCAAUAAAACUGGACAAAGGAGACAAAAAGGACAGUAAGAAGUGGAAACCACAGUCUCUGAAGUACACCGCUGCUCGGCUGCAUGAGAAGGGAGUAAUCCUGGAGAUCGAAGGGCUUCAGACGAACCAGUUUAAAAAUGUCAUGUUUGACAUUUCACCCACUGAGGAAGUUGGAGAUUUUGAGGUGAAGGCCAAGUUUAUGGGGGUUGAGAUGGAAAAAGUUCAGCUUCAUUUCCAGGACCUCCUGCAGCUGCAGUACGAAGGUGUGGCCGUCAUGAAGAUGUUCGAUAAAGCCAAAGUUAAUGUCAAUCUACUCAUCUUCCUCCUGAACAAGAAGUUUUAUGGGAAAUGAAAGAGGGGGAGGCAGCAGGAGCAGUGAGAGGAGCAGGUUUCUGACCUCUGAUGACCAAAAUAAAAUGAGUCAGAAAAGGACACGCCUAUUUUGUUUUAAUUUGGUUGAAGUUUAACACGUAUCAAAAUCGAACAUCAACUUUGUGUGUCUGUUGUGUAUGUUACUGUGGGCUGAUUGUAAAUGAAUACAGUUGUAAUGAUUUUCAUGUUUUGUAUGUAAAAGUUGAGAGAAAACGUACGUUUGCAAAACUUUAGGAUGAAAAUUGAAGCAGCAGCUGCAACAUUCAGAAACCGAGCCAGAGAGCAACAAAGCUGAUCUGCUUCAAUAUAAAAUACUACAGUUUACCAGUGCCUUUUAAACAUUUAAGGAUAAAUGUUUUAAUUUAACAUUAAAGCUGUAACUGAUGUUUUAAUAUGACUAUUCUAUCUGUAUAAUUGUUUCCUAAUGCUUUAAUGAUGUGCAGAAUAAAGUACACACGU